GGCAUUUUGUUGCGCCUAAUGGCAUUAGGCGGAUCGAUCACGUAAGGCGUUAGAUCUUCGGGCCUAAACGGCUAUGGAAAAUCCCCUUUCAAGAUGUUUCAGUCCUGCGGCUGUGGUAUUCGCAUGGUAAGGUCACGAAAGACGGGCUCUAUGGAAACUAACGACUAUGAAGGGUUCCGAAUCGAUGAGAUUGAGGAAAAAGCCAAAAACUCAGUCACAAAGUUCAAGCCAAGCAUCAUCAUGGUCAAUGCCGGCUUCAAUGAUUGCCUGCGGAGCUUUUAGAAAACGCACAAGUGAUUUGCUUGAAUAUCUCUGGCUAGCAUCUCCCAAGUCAACCAUUAUCCUAUCGACUUUAGUGGUCAACGCGGAACAGAGAGCGACUCAGGUUUUACACGUCAAUGACCAAAUCCAGGCAUUGGCUGGGCAGAAGUCUGCCAGCCAGAAUAAGGGUUGUGUUUGCGGACAUGUCUACUAAAGAAGGGCCUGAGAUUCGUGACCUUGUCAAUGGCACGCACCCUGGCGAUGUCGGAUAUAGAAAGAUGGCCUGGAUUUGAUUCAAUAACAUCUAGCAGGUCGCGGUGAAAGGUUAUUUCAAAAUUCCGA